AUGGUUGACGUAGACGAGGCCGAUGUGGCCGUGCUCAACCAAAACCUUACUAAAUCCAAGGAGCUCUUCGCGUCCAUCUCCCGCUCCCUUAGAACAAUCUCCGAUAAGUCUUCAACAGCAUCUACAAAAAUCAAACCGAUUUUGAAAGAUGUCAAUCAACUCACUCGCAGUCGAGAUCAAAUCGAUAAUGACCUUUCUAUUCUUUCAGACGUGCUGAACUACGCUGCCCAGACGGCAAAGCUCGAGGGGGUGCUCUCCAACUCCAUUGAGGUCAUUGGAGUCAAGCGUUAUAUCGAUACACUUGCACAAUCCAAAUUGCUUCUCAAAGAAAUGAAGCUGAAAAUUAAAAGAUUUCGAGGUAUUUUGAUGAAUUUUGAGACGCUUAUCGACAAGCUGGACUUGAAUCUCGAAAACUACUUUCAACGUAUCCUAAAUCCUCCUAAAGUGGAGGAUAUUUGUGUGGUAUUUUCCUACUUUUACCUGCAAUCUACGUUUGAACAAGACACUAUCAACAAGCUUUACAUUCGCAGUAGAAGCACCAACUUGGUCCAACUCGUCAAGCCGUUGGAGCAGGCUACGAAACCAGUCAAGAGAAACUCGCGGAUCCCUUAUGAAAAGGGAACAAAUGGAAUCAAUCGCUACAAUAACGAAUUGAUCGAACUGAUCAAACUAGAAAUUGCACUUGCUGCUGAAAUUAACCAAAAUAUAGCCAUCGACCACCACAAGAUUGUGUCCAGUAUAGUUGCCAGAGUGGUGAAUGAUAGCUACACUUCGGUGGUGGAUACACUCAAUGAAUUUGUUAGUUCUCAAGGCGUUUUGGACAAUGAUAUAAUGCUUCUUGAAGUGAUUGAAAACUUGGAUCAUUUUUCCAAAUUCAUGGUGGCUAGUAACUUGUCACCUGCAACCAUGGAUAGGUUCAAUGAUGCUUAUGGGAGACUCACUCAAAGCAGUCGUAACAUUUUUGGAGAGUUGAUGAAAUGGGUGGAUGCUCGAGUCACCAGCGUUGAAAAAUAUAACGACAAAACCAUAGCGGAAAUCACAGUGGAAAUCAUCCUGAGGGUCCGCCGAGUCCUGGAAUAUCCUCUGUCUUUACUUGAUUUGAUUCAAGGUAUUAAUUUGGGUUCAUGGCUCACCGGGUUGAAAUUCGUGCUGGUAUACACUUCUGUGGUUUCAAAUAAUGGGGUAAUCGAUGAUAGUCCGGAAACCUUGUUAUCAUCAUACUUUAGUGAUAUUAUUGACUGUGUGAUGAUUAACAUUGAAAUUGGUUUGCGAUCUGACGAUUCUAAGAAGAGCACUCAAGGGUAUUUGCUCAUAAAGAAUUUGGUUCUUAUAGAAACCAUCAUCAACCGGUCGCACCAGCUAUUUGACACUCUUUCAACCAUUGGAAUGGAUCGACUUGCUCGUUUGAAAAAUCGAUUUCUCAAACUUUUUUUGGACGAUUGGAAUUACGCUUCGUACAUUAUUAUUCGAGACAUGACAAACAUAACCACCACAAAUGCCAUAGCCCACGGAGCAAUGCUGCCUCGAAGCUCGAGCCUGGGACUUUCAAGCAAAGAAAAAGAACAAGUCAAGGAAUUGUUUCGUAAAUUCAAUGAAUCAUUUGAAGAAGCGCUUCAAAAUUACGAGAAAUUCAAUAUUUCCGAUCCAAACCUUCGCAAUUACCUUUCAAAUGAAAUCAAGAAAUUGACUGUCAAUGCCUACUUUAAACUCUACGAGAAAUACGGUACAUCAGAUUUCACUAAAAAUCGAUCCAAGUACAUCAAAUGGGAUAAACAUCAAUUCGAGCAGGUAUUGAAUGAAAGACUCUGA